CAAGAGGCCGAUCUCUUUGCCUACGAAACUCCGACUCAGCUCCACUUGCCUUCUUCGAUGUCUUCAUCCCAAACUGAAAUCCUCUUGUUCAUCUGUCUAUUUCUCAAAAGAAAAUUGCAUAAUCGAGGAAGAAGCAAGGCAGCCAUGACUCGGCUAUUCCCCAAAAUCACAUAAAAAGCCUGAAAAUGCACUCUUUCAUUCCAUUCUCAAUAAGUCUUGCCUUCACUCGUCAGUCAUUUUUAGUCCCUUUAUUCCCCCCUUUUAACUCACAAAUGCCCAAUUAAAAAUGUCAGAUUACAUCCCUCAAGAGGUUAUGACCCAAAUCCUCAUAAGGGUUCCUGUAAAAUCUCUCCUAAGAUUGAGGUGCGUAUCAAAAUCAUGGAAUUCUUUAAUAUCUAGCGCUUAUUUUAUCUCUCUGUAUAACCAUCACGCUUUCCUCACAAAACCCUCUACCCCAGAUGACAAAUUGCUAGUUCGGCACUAUUCUAAAGAUCAAAAGACUGAAGUUUACACAGUACACUAUGACAAUGAAGCAUUCGCUGUGGAAAAUGGGAUUAAAAUAGGCUUCCCUUUUCGCGGUUUAUCGCGUUAUUAUUUCAGGAUUGUUGGUUUUAGCAAUGGUUUGCUGUGUCUGUCUGAUGAUCUAUUUGGAUACACAAAUCUUAUUAUGUUUUGGAACCCUCUGAUCAGACGGAAAUUCACUCUACCUUCGCCCCAAGCUGUUUUUGAUAAGUUGGGGCCUUUUAUGUUUGUGCUUGGAUUUGGAUUUGAUGUGAAAAACAAUGAUUUUAAGGUUGUAAGAAUUGCCUAUGUUCAGGGAAGUAAUGGGUAUAACUUGCCUCCGAAAGUUGAGAUUUUUGCACUAAGUGUAGGGAAUUGGAGGGAGAUUGAUGUUGAUGUACCUGAAAAUUGGGUUGUUGAGUACUUUUGGACUCAAGCAUUUGUGAGAGGGAAGGUACAUUGGACUGCAUAUAGGAUGAAUAUGGAGAGGGAGAAUGGGAAGGAAAAUUUGAUCAUGUUGUUUGAUUUGAGUACCGAGGUUUUUGAGGAAUUGCUGUUGCCUGAUGCUUUGGUUGAUGAGUCUCCUGUAGAUUUGUGCACAUUGGCUUGCAAGGAUUCAGUUGCUGUUCUUCAUUACGAUAGGCGUGUUUGGAGUGGAAGUUGUUCCAUUUGGUUGAUGCAAGAGUAUGGGAAUUUUAAGUCUUGGAGUAAUAUGUACAAUGUUGUCUGUGAAGGAGGGUUGGGGAUCGUGUUGAGCUUUGGGAAGGAUGGUGAUAUAUUGUUGUCAGAAAGAAAUGGAGCGUUGGUUUCACAUGAUCCAAGAACUCAAAAAUCUAAGCAUCUCGAAAUCUGGGGAACUAAAGAUUCAUCCUUUGUGGAUACUUAUUCUGAGAGCCUUUCUUUGCUGAUCGAAGGAGCAAAAAUACUACCUGGGCUACCAAGCGUUAGUGAAUCUGAUUCUUCUGGAGAGGACAAUGAAAGAGAGGAUGAGGGGGUUGAAAAGCAUGAGCUCUGGAUACAAUCGAUUAUGAUUCAAUAUCUUACUGCAUUGCUCAACCAUUGAUGUAUGCGUAUUUUGCUUGCUAAUAUGUGUAAAUCUCCGUAGUCUAAUGUGUACUCUGAGGCUGAUGACUGUAUACAUGUUAAAAGGGUUAAAUGCCCAUCUUUUUUUUUUUUUCCAGGAAAUGAUAGAUGAUUUUAUUGGAUUUGUGUAUGAACUAUACACUUAGUGAGCAAAGGCUCAAUUGGAGCUAUACAAGUGUCUAAAGACACUGAGGAUUUAACCAUUCCUCAUGAAAAGAUAUGCUUAAUGCAUGAUUACACACAUCAGUUGUUCUAA